AAAUGUUGCCCACUUAAAACUCAAUAUGUAUUCAAAAGUGGGAGUCAAAAUAUCUACUCGAUUUCUCGGAAAAUCAAGUCCGAAAUAAAGUGGACCAUCCUGUACAGUAGCAGGAUGUAGACGCUCUAAACUCAGCGAUUCCGUUGCUGACGCGCUUAGUGGCUUAGUAUUGAUUUGAUUCCAAUGAUUUCACUACUGACGUCGGAAAACUACGGGGAAUAGGAUGGGAAAUGUGUAUAAAAUAAGCGUUGUUGGCUCCGUUAUAACUAUUAUGUUAGCCAGUUGAGUCACAAAGUUAACUCAUUGUGGAAAAGAUUCCGUUCAGUUCGUUUCAGUUCCUUCGAUUCCUUUUUUUCAAAAUGCAGUUCAAACCCGUAACCCAUGUUAUUUUCGACAUGGACGGACUGAUAAUCGCAAUUUUAGUGAUCAUCUCGACUAUUUCUUAGACAUACGUAUAAUAAUGAAUCAUCGUCUGAUCUGCCCCAUAUUUUAGGGUGUUUUAAUACCUGACACAUUCACACAUUGAAACAUGUUGUAACAUUAAACCAAAGACCGAUUUACUUUAUUUUUAGCACCUUUAAGCUUACUAAUUCAAUUAAAUUUAACUGAAGCUGCAAACAUUGUCAGUUUGCAUUUCACGAUUCCGAUUCCAUAUUCUUCAUACACAUUUAAUAAUUCAUGAAAACAUGUGCAAUUAACUAUUUAUUUGUAGAUGUAAAUGUCCUUUUAUUAAGUGUUCAGUGUCCCCUUAUUUAUUGAUGUUUUGAACGAAUUUAUUGAAAUUAAACAAUGGGAAAAUUAACAUUUUUUUCAUUUUGAAAAAAGUUGUUUAGAUGAACAUGGUCCUUUCAUUAAGUAUAAGCGUACUAAAAGGUGAUAAUUUGUGAAUAGAACCUGGAAUUAUAUUAAAUAAAAAUAUCAUUUACGACGAUGCGAUUGGAAAUAGGAUAUUUAACAUUCAGUUUCAAGCCCGUUUUUUCGCCUUUAAAGACCACGUUGUCUUAGUUUGAUUUUGUUAGUCAAAAUAAAUAUAAUCUGUUACUCUUA